AUGGCACCAAUAUCACACACAAGAGCAAUUAGAGAAUUGCAACAAGAAGUAGAAGAAAUGAGACGGGUCUUAAUGGCACAAGCUGCUCCAGCAGCACCAAUGACUCAGACCGAACAAGAGGCACAAGCAAUACCACCCGUCGCAACACAAACUACCCCUAUACUACCCCCUGCUCCAGGACCAACCACUGCACUAACUGUACCAAUCAUUGAGCAGUUUCGCCGAUACCGCCCUCCUAGCUUCGAUGGUGGUGAUGACCCUUUGGCAGCAGAAGAAUGGCUUCGGACAAUUGAGAAGAUCUUUCGGCACAUAUCUUGUCCAGAAAAUCAGAAGGUGUUGUGUGCAGAAUUCAUGCUAGUCGAGGAGCCUGCCAUUGGUGGGAAUCCGCAUCACGGAGAUAAAGACAUCACUGAGUAUGAGAGGAAGUUUGAGGAAUUAUCCCAUUAUACCCCACAUCUUGUAAGCACAGAGCACAUGAAAGCAAAACGCUUUGAGAAGGGACUGCGCCCUGAGAUUAGGCAGAUAGUGAAGAAAGGAAAUGCGAGAAUUUUUUCCAUGACACAUGAUGAGGCCGCCCAGGAUCCAAACGUAAUUACAGGUAUUUUAUCUAUUUACAGUAUUCCUGUUUACGUUCUUAUUGAUUUCGGUGCAAUGCGUUCGUUUAUAUUUGCAACAUGCCUAGCCAAUAUCAAUAUUUCUUGUGAGAAAACUAGUAGUACACUAGAGGUUAGUAUGCCAUCAGGAGGAGUCAUUGAUACAAAUAAGAUUGCUAAGGCAAUACAAAUAGAUUUUGAUGGGUUAAUACUUGAGGCAGAUUUACAUGUCAUAGAACUAAAAGAUUUUGAUAUUAUCUUGGGUAUGGAUUGGUUAGGUAGCAAUAGAGCUAUAAUUGUAUGUUUUGAGAAAGAGGUCAUCUUCAAAAGACCUGGAGAGGAAGAGUUUAGAUUUUACAGGUCAAAAAUUAAGGCACUCCCCCGUAUUAUCUUGGCUAUGCAAGCGAAAAAGCUAUUGAUGAAGAAAACCUGUCAAGGAUAUCUUGUUAGUCUUACUGGCACGCCAUCAGAAGAGUUAACAUUGGAUAGAGUGCCUCUUGUGCAAGAAUACACUGACGUAUUUCCUGAUGAACUACCGAGUGCCCCAAUUGAUAGACAAGUGGAAUUUAUAAUAGACUUAAUACCCGGAGCUGCACUAGUGUCUAAGGCUCCAUACUGUAUGGCGCCAAAAGAAUUACAGGAGUUAAAAAUGCAGUUGGAGGAACUUCUAAAUAAAGGUUUUAUCAAACCAAGCGUGUCUCUAUGGGGAGCUCCAAUACUUUUUUGUGAAAAAGAAAGAUGGAAUCAUGAGAAUGUGUAUUGA